AUUGCUUAGAAGUGGGUGUAAUGAGACCAGUAUGGCGUUCUUCAUGUCUUUUGACUCGGCAGACGAAUCCUGUAGUAUAUUUAGUACUUGCAAAUCCAGGAUUUUCUUUCCAGCUAAACAGUAGACCAGAAGUGAUAAUUAACAGUUUCUGGGAUGCUGCGUCAAUAUGGUAAGGUGAAACACCAGAAUGAAAGACAUGGACAAUAUCAAAACUGUAAAGAAAGAAUGGAUGUGUAAAUCGGGUACUGAUGAUCAGAUUUUGAAUGGUACAGAACAAAACUGUGACUACUUUGUAGAUAACCUUUUUGAAGAAGUUCAGAAGGUUGGUGCUAUAUGUAUGCCCCCAACUACCGUCAAGAACCAGGUUGAUGUAAUCAUUAAACUUUGGAAAAAUGGGUUUACAGUAAAUGAUGGUGAACUUAGGAGCUACACUGAUGUUGCAAACCAGCAGUUCUUGGACUCCAUUAAAAAAGGGGAACUGCCUUUUGAGCUAAGAAAAGUUUUUGAUAAGGAGGAGGUAGACGUGAAAAUGGAAGAUAAAAAAGAUAUGGUGUAUUUGUCAUCAAAGAAGACAAUGUUUCAUCCCUUUUCUGGACGCGGUUACAGAUUAGGAAGUGCUACUCCAAGGAUAAUCUCUCAAGUAAGAGAUGAUCAUCAAGGACCUGACAACAAAAGACACCUGCCUUUAGUACCCUUAAAUGAUUUGGAGCCUAUCACUAGUAUCCAGAUCUGGUUGGCUGAUGGGGAAAGGAUAAUUCAGAAAUUCAAUAUUUCUCACAGAAUAAGCCAUGUCAGAGACUUCAUAACAAAGUAUCAAGGGUCUGAGGGAAGCGUUCCCUUCACACUGACUACUUCGCUGCCGUUUCGAGAGCUGCGAGAUGAGACACUAACGCUAGAGGAAGCGAAGUUGCAAAAUGCUGUUGUUGUUCAGAGACUCCGGAAAACAACUGAACCUUUCAGACUCUUAGUGAUAAAAGCACCUGACGAUGACUGUAAAACUGCUGCUGCAUCUAACGGACAGCUCAAGAAUGAGCAAAAAAACACUAUCAAAAGUACAAGCUUUUAACAGGUCAAAAACUACAUACAGGUGGAACUAGACAAAACCAAAAACGUAACCAGCAAUACCUGGAUGCGCUGUCAUCCUCAUGUACUGAGCUCUUAGAGAGCAAAAUGUGUGCUGUGCUAUCAUUUGCUGUAAUAGAAUUAUUUUCAGCUAAAUUUGCUGGUCAGAGCCUAGCUGUAUAACAUAGCAGAGGUAACUGUACAAUGGGUCAUCCUUAGAAUUUCCUUAGGUAGAAAGCUGCUUAGUUCUUUGAGUGUAUUUAGGUGGAACAGUUCUCUGAGACUUAAUUACUACUGAUAGCACCUUUUAAGGAAAUAUAGUAUUUAUUUUUGCACUUUGGACUAAAGUGAAACUGAUCUGAUUGGUAUCACUUACAUUUUGUGUAAGCUGCUGCAGUUUACGUUCUUCUCACAGUAACUUCUAGGCAACAGAUGCUGCAGGGAUGCAAACAUCUGAACUCUUAACUAACUUGAAAAUCUUCUUUAUCAGUAUCUUCAGAAUUUAACUUUUAUCACAAGAUCUGCAGUGUAAUGUUCUGUCAAGCCUUCACGUGAUGGUAGGUGCAUGUGUGAGAAGAUAGAAAUGAGGUGGUGCAUACUGCAUAUGAAGUGCCUCAAAGUAAGCUCUGAAGGAAUUGUUAUUACCAAUGGUUGGAGGGGCUUCUGCCUCUCUUACGCUGCUACGGGUGUUUUACAGAUAGGGUGAUGUUAAACUACCUAGCUCAGUGGGAUAGAGAACCACUUUUAGCCUUGUCACACAAAAACUGCUUCGCUGGAGAUUACAGGAAUAGUCACUUAGAGGGACGCAGUUGUUUUGGUACUAAUAUCUGCCUCUGUUCUGAACUGGCCAGCUGAUUGAGAUGCUAAUUGCGUGUGGCCAAGUUUCAAAGAUGUUGAAAAUCCUUAUUUGAAAGCUGCGGUUCCUUCCCCCGCUCUAUGCCAUUUUCAUACAAAUCUUUUAUUUUGUGAUUCAUGUACUUGAGGCAUAAAAUUUGUAACCAACUAUUCCAUGUUUUGCUAAAAGAAAUCAACAUAAAGACUUAAAUAUUUUGUACUGUGUUUGCUAAGUAGCAUGUGGGUUUGUGAAUGGAACUGGAGUCUCUAGGCAAGACUUAUCCUGGGGCCCUCAGUGAGUGCUGAUUAGUUUGUGCUACCUGCGCAAGUGGGUGAUUGUCGGGGUUGUACUUCUUUUCCAUGGUUAAAGGAAGGAUGGUUUUGGGAUUCCCUGGUUUUGUUUUACAUAGAAAAUGACUUGGAGUGACUUGGAUUCUAUCUGAAAGUCGUGUUACUUCAAACCAGGGGUGUGCUAGCUUCAUUCCCUGGGAUUUAAAACUGUUUUGCUUCAGCAUCUCUCCUGGGAUGUUUGAGGGCGAUGAAAUGAAAGUCAACUGCGCAAAUAUCUAUUUGGUGUAUUCAGAAAGCAAACCUCUGAAAACUCUGCAGUGAACUGCUAUAAACUUGAUGUGCUACUGUGUCAUUCGGGUUUAUGUAGCAAACAAUACAACUAAAUUUUCUUUGUUCUUGCACUGCA